GCCUGAAAGACGCGCGCUCUUUCAAUUGACUUACUUGCAGAGCAGCUGUUAGUCUGUAACUGUUAGUUUAUUUUUGACGUUUAAACGAAAGAUAAAGCUCAAGAUAUGGACUAUGUGGAUUUUCCGAAAGUUUUCCCCAAUUCCCCGAGGAAAACGCGAGGACAAAUCCAGGUCAUCUUCGGGCCUAUGUUUUCAGGCAAAAGCACCGAAUUAAUGCGAAGGGUGCGCCGUUUCCAAAUAGCCCAGUACUGCUGCUUGGUGGUGAAAUAUGCCAAAGAUACACGAUACUCCGACACAGGCAUGGCCACACAUGACAAUAACACGAUGGAGGCUAUACCUGCAAAUUGCCUCAGAGAUGUGCGCUCGCUGGCAUUUCAAGCUUGUGUGAUUGGAAUAGAUGAAGGGCAGUUUUUCCCAGAUAUAGUGGAGUUUUGUGAAGAGAUGGCCAAUGUUGGCAAGACUGUUAUCGUGGCUGCCUUGGAUGGAACCUUCCAGAGAAAGCCGUUCGGAAACAUCCUGAACCUUGUCCCGCUGGCGGAAAGUGUGGUGAAGCUUCACGCUGUCUGCAUGCAAUGUUACAGAGACGCUGCCUACACGAAGAGGAUUGGAGCGGAGCUGGAGGUGGAGGUGAUUGGUGGAGCGGACAAAUACCAGGCAGUUUGCCGAAAGUGUUAUGGAGGUCUGAUGGCGGCCAAAGAGAACCAACCACCUCCUCUUCGGGAUGAAACGCCCCAACAUGCACUUCAUGGAAAACGUGUGGACUCUACAAUCCCCAGGAAGCUUUUUUCAUCCCUCCACCUCUGAAGAAAUGGUUGAUGAAAGAUGGAGACCAGAAAUGGGAGAAAUCUUUUCUUUUUUUUUUAAAUUGUACUCAUCUUACACUAUGCUGAGACAUUAUUGUUAUAAUGAAUGAUUAUUAUUACUAAUAUCUGGUUCUUGGAUGCAAGGAUGUGUUUUUAUUUUUUAAUCACUACUUAGGUGGGUUGUCACCAGACACUCAGUUACACACUUAGAGACGGGACGAUAUUUAAACAUUACUUUUAAGAAAUGCACAAUGAAAAAAUAUUUUAAAAACACAUGACAGUAUAUUGCUGUAUAGACUAGGCUGUAUGGAGAAAUAACUUUUUUUGAAUGAUAAAAAUGAUGUACAGUAUUUAAAAUGCCAUUGUUUUAUUUGUACUUUCAAUAAACUAGAAUCAUGUGGUUAAGCUAAAAGUAGAUUGUUGCAGUGGUGUGUAGUCAGGGCCACCAAGGCCUUCUCUGCUGGCCUAAACAACAUUUACAACUUAAAUUCUAA